AUGACACAUUUCUCUCGUCCCAGCUACUCUCGAGCGAACUCCACGAUGAGUAUGGACGCAACGCCUCGAGCUGGAUCACCAGACUCGGCGGUUGCGAGUGGUGGAUAUCAACAGGAGAAGCCAGUCAAUCCAUUCCUCACACCCUAUGCUUCCGGGUAUCCGUCAAGGGCGGCCUCAUCGGCAGUCCUCCCUCAACCCAUGCUCAAUCAGAGAUACUUCCACUCUCGCCGAGUCAAGAAAGGAGAAGUGGACCGACCGUGGACAAAGGUCAAAGAUCCUCGAGAGAAAUGGGUAACAAUCAUCCCACUAAUUGGACUCGCGAUUGGUUUGGGCCUUGCUGGCCUACUUGUCUGGGAUGGCCUUCGAUCUGUGGUCAAUCACAAGUACUGUCCAGUGUAUUUGGAAGAUUUCUCGACUGGGUUCGACUCCAAAAUAUGGACCAAAGAAGCUGAGGUUGGUGGCUUCGGCAAUGGCCAGUUCGAGGAAACCACAGUCACGGAGGAGAAUGUCUUCGUCGAAAAUGGAAUGCUCCACAUCAAGCCGACACUUCAAGAUCCUAGAUUGAUCGAGACCAACAACGUGAUUGAUCUGCGGGCUGGUGGUAUAUGCACAUCGUCAGUCUGGAGCAACUGCAUCACAGGCACUAAUACGACCAAUGGCACCAUUGUCAACCCCGUCAAGUCUGGACGCAUCAACACAAAGAAAGGCGCAGUGAUCAAGUACGGCCGAGUUGAGGUUGAAGCCAUGUUGCCUGAAGGUGACUGGUUGUGGCCCGCAAUAUGGUUGCUCCCGGUCGAUUCUGUGUAUGGCGCGUGGCCGCAAUCUGGAGAGAUUGAUAUCGUUGAGUCUCGGGGCAAUAACCACACCUAUCCCCAAGGGGGCAACAAUAUCGUUUCGAGCACUCUGCACUGGGGCCCAGAUGCUGCCAAUGAUGCCUGGUGGCGGACUAACGUCAAGAGGAAUGCAUUACACACGACCUUCUCCAAGAAGUUCCAUACAUUCGGGCUUGAAUGGUCUGAGAAGUAUAUCUUCACGUAUAUCGACACACGUUUGCUGCAGGUGUUGUACACCAACUUCGAUAAGCCGCUCUGGGGGCGUGGCCACUUCCCCCAGGCCGACGAAAACGGUACUCGCAUUGUCGAUCCAUGGUCCAAGUACAACCGUGCUUCAACACCAUUCGACCAAGACUUUUAUCUCAUUCUGAAUGUCGCCGUCGGCGGUACAAACGGAUGGUUCGAAGACGGCAGGAAUGGCAAACCCUGGGUGGACGCCAGUCAGACUGCGAAAAGGGACUUCUGGAAUGCGCGUAGCACAUGGUAUCCGACGUGGAAGGACAGCGCCCAAAUGACGAUCAAGAGUGUAAAAAUGUGGCAGCAGCAGGGAUACAAUGGAUGUCAGUGA